UGCCCGGCAACCGGCGCGGGCUGCGCGGUGCGGAGCUGUUCAUAGGAGAACCAAUAACUGCGUGCUAUAUUUGGGAAGAUAAUUUCUUGUGGAUGGGUGCUGAUGAAGUUUAGUACCAUUCCGAUUCCAACUGCGUCCUAACAUGGACUUGGUUGAAUCAACCUCCACAGAAAUCUUCAAGAAAAUACCCAGUGUCCUGGAUAGCCUGGUGGAGGAACCUAAAAAGAGACGUGCUAUCCCCAAUCACCUGCUAGAAUCAAAGGUUUAUUCAGAACAUAAGAAGAGCAAUGUUAUACAGGCAGAGCCUGCUGUAUUACACUAUGGAGGAUAUGAAGUUGGAAAACAUCACCAGCAGACGCUGAAGCUGAUAAAUAUUUCUGGCAAUGUAAUAAACCCUCACGUUAUACCACCCCAGACAAAGUAUUUUCAGAUCAAAUACAACAAAACACAUCGACUCAUCCCCGGCUUGUCAUAUGUGCUUACUGUUGAUUUUUGUCCUGAUGAGUGGCGUUAUUACUAUGACUGCAUCCGAAUUCACUGUCAGGGAGAAGAUACCUUAGUCGUUCCUGUGCAUGCUUACCCUACUGUGAACGUGUUGGAAUUUCCAUCAUUUAUAAAUAUGUCUGAUGUAUUGAUUGGUCAGAGUAAGGAGUAUGUUAUCCCGUUGCAGUGCAGCUGCCCAAUAGACUUUGAAUUCCACAUUGAUUUUAUUCAGCCUCACAGAGCGUUCACUGUCCAGCCAAUAUCUGGAAUUAUUCCAGGAAAUGGGAAAGAGGAAGUAAUUGUGAAAUACUCACCCCUUGAGUAUGGAACAGCACAAAUGAAAAUGCAGUUACUGAUUUCACAGUUCCACUCAGAACCCUAUGUAUGUGUGUUCACAGGAACAUCAACACCCCAUCUGGGUCAAAUAAAAGAACCAUUUGAAAAACAACAAAAGCGUCCAGAGAAAAAAGCAGUGCCUGUUGGAAAAUCACUGGUGUGGAAAAGAGACAAAUUCAGCCUACCACAAUCCAAGGCUAUUCAAAAAGAAAUUGAAUACCAGAACCUGAAAUUCCCCACAGACUUGUCAAAUCCAUAUGCUGUAGCUACUGUUUUGAAUCAGGAACCAGGCAAAUUGAAGAUUAAGAACUUAAAAGAAGUCCUUUGCCAAGGCAAUGAAGGAAUAAAAACAAGGCAGAUGAAGGAAGCAGUGUUUGAGCUAAAAGUCAAACAAAACAUUAAGGAAGAGGAAGGAAAUAAUCUGAAGUGGCAAGUUCGUAAAGGCAAAGAUCCAAUAUCUGCAGAAUUUAAAAGGGAGGUUAUUGAAAAUCGACAAAGGGAAGAAGAGCAAUAUAAGAUCCAAAGAGGAGAUCCUAUCAUAGAAGAGGAGUUUCAAAGGAACAAAGUAGAGGUUUCUUCCAGACGUGUUUUCCGGCUUGUUGAGCAGGAUGAAGUAUGUACUCACUCGAGUCCUGGUCCAUUCUUCCCAAAUGUUUGUCUGCCCACGUAUUGGACUCCACUCUUACAUCCAAGUAUUCAUCCCACAUUUGACUUGCUCCGUAAUGACCCUUGGGCAAACAGAAAAAGGAUGUUGAGGAAAUUCCAACAAGCAGCAUACAAGAUUGUGAUUCAGUCUCGUCUAAAUCAUUUACUGCUUCUGUUCCGUGGGCUGACAAGGGAAGACAGAGAUUUGGAGGAAGGCUCUAUAUCUGAAAAUGGGAGUUUCAGCCAAAUAGAGAAGAGAGAAGAAUGUAAAUGCAUUUCUUCCAGCAUAUCUGAAGAUCUAAUGUUACCUUCUCAAUUCCCUUUUUACAGUUCCCACAAAUUACACCGUGAUUUGGAACCUGAUGCCCCUGGCCCAAUUCCUGUCAAACGUAUAGAUGUGAAAAUGAAACGCUUCCUUCCCUCUUACAGCUUGAAGGUUCCUCAGCAUAUCAGCAUCAUAAAGUAUCAGCCAUUCCGUGCACACCGUACAGCUGCAAGUUAUAGAACUCAAAAACUUUGCCGAGCUCUGAGACAGGGAGCCCAGGAUGAGUUGGUUCAAGUAGUUGCUUCUCCUAAGGACUAUCACAAGCCAUCAUCUGAAGAAGUAGCAGAAAGAGAUAUCAGCCUUUUAAAAUUGGUUCCUCCCCGAGCUUUAGUCUACCCUACAGAGAGCAACCCUCUUCGCAUUUUUAACCCCACUCCAGGAUUGUUUCCACUUUUACCUCCUUUAACUUACUGUGAAACAAAUAUUGAGUAUCAUCUUUGUCCUCAUCCAAAAUAUACCUUUACCAAGGAGUGCCCCAAAGGAUCCAGUAUUCCAAUCACACAAAAAAAGUUUCUGCAUCACAAGGAAGUGAUCUGUGGAGUAAUGGACUGGAGACGAUUCUUACCAGUGGUGUAUUUGACAUUUCCUAACACUCCCAUAUCAACAAGUACAACAUCUAGGGAUCCUUACAGCUUAGAUAUGCUUCCAAGAGAUGUACCACCAGUGCUGUAUAACUUGCCUGAGAGAGACAGAGAGAAUAUAAUUGACCUUGGGACAGAUGAAAAUGAAUUUGAAGUGCUUCUUACUCCAGAGAUGCUGAGUGCUGAAUUUCCACAAAUUGAGCAGAUGAUCUCAGAAGAAGGCAAAAUAAAAUCAGCGAAAGAAGAAAGAGACCCACACAAACAUCCUGAUGGAAAUUUUCAACCCCAAGACAACGGACUCAGAGAAAGGGUUCAAAAACAGAUGGAGAAGAUGAAGAUGAAAGCACUAAAUAAAGCCCUUAUUCUCGAAUAAAAAUAAUUCUAUGAAAUCUGUGGUUUGUGACAGUUUACCCUGUAAAUAUGUGAGGCCUCCUUUGUCACAGUUGCAUCUACUUGUAUUCAGUGAGUUCAGCAGCUGCUUAUGCAAAUAAAAGAGAACCACCAGCAACGUUACUUCUAUCAAGAACUCUGUGUGAUAACUUCCCCAAACUCAUUAACUGCUCCUAUGACAACCCUCAGCCAUGGGCCUGCUUGUUUUUUUAAUGGUGUAAAGGAUCAGAGAACCACAGUAUUACCUUGUAAAUAGCUUGGUGAUUAAUCUACAGCUCGUUAUUUUUAAAUAAAAUUUGAGAAGCCCUAAUGAGCAAAUUCUUCA